GUUCACAAUUUUCUGUAUUUCAUCCUGUUGUGCAAUAUGUAGGAUUACAUAUAUUACGCGCGUAGGUAGAGCUGGUGACCUUAAACGGGUUAGAGUAAGUGUACGUAUAGCGCUCGUACUUCUCCAGUCGUUUGAUACGAGCAAGGAGAGAACUUUGAACAGCAUCAUGCCUCAGCGUGGCAGCCCAGAGACACUGAAGCACCUGAGUAUAGUCAGCAUGGCGACUCACAUGGACUCUGUAUGGGCUGCUGACUACAUCCACAACUACCUGGACCAGUAUCACUUCAUGUACAUCAUCGGCCCUUUUGAUGCUCUUCCUUCCCAUUUGAUCCAAGAGCUGAUAGAGUUUUUGGUGCAGAAAAGACAGCUGGGCCGGAGACACCUGCACCUGAUGAUCCACCAGCACCUGGAGAGUCUGCACCUGGGCAAAUGUAGCAGCUGCAUGACAGAUGCCGUCAUCAAGCUGGUGCAAAUUAGAUGCAAGAAGUUGAAGAAGCUGGAUCUCUCCAGAUGUAACCGCCUGACGUCCUACGCCAUGUCCAUUGCCCUGAGUUACCUUCCCAAACUGGUCUACCUCAACCUGUACAGCACCAACUGUACCGACGAAGUUCUGGGCACCAUCGGCGCGAUCUGUGUCCAGCUACGAGACCUCAACAUCUGUAAAACACACGUAACCGACAAGGGAAUAGUCUCCCUAUGCGGGGGAGGUAACGGUAUUCACGGAUGUAAAAAGCUACUCAGUUUAGAUGUAUCCUUCAAUCCGAGAGUAACCAUCAAUGGAGUUAAACACGCAUUAAGACAACUACCUAACCUCAGACAGUUACUACACAACGAUGUGUGUGAUGCCUUGGUCGUUUUACACGAAGAAGCUUUCAAAGAAGGGAAGACGACAACACCCUACCAGUUACGUAGCGGAACUGUGAAUGAUUUUGUUGUCCCUGUAAGUUUUCUCGAGAUAGUUGAUCUAGUCUGCCCCAACCUGGAGUAUAUCUUUGUACUGAAUGAAAACCUUGAAGGUGAUGUACUUCAGCAUAUAUCGCGGCUAGCUCGUCUGAGAAACCUCUCGGUGUCGUGUACGGACUCCGUAGUACCGUUCAGUGAGGGACUCAUGUCUCUCCUUGCGAGUGUCGGCCGUGGACUUGAAACUCUCACCCUGUACGGCUACGAUGACAUUGAUGUCAUCGCUAUCGGCCAGUCCUGUCCAAACCUGAAGACCCUCACCCUCGAGAGCUGUCACGGCUUUAAACUUGAACAUCCCCAAACCGUCAUUCCGACUGCUCUGUUUGGUAACCUGAAAUCUCUCAGGCUCGGAGUUGAGGUUAUUUCUAACACCCUCGAACCAACCCUACCCAACAGUCUGAAAAUUGUUCUGGAAGGCGGUCGCCAGAUUGAGAACAUCGAGAUCACAAAUGUGGAAGGGUUUACUGAUGAGUUGUUCAGGCAGGUGUUAAACCAGAACAGCUUCCAGAAACUGCGAGAGUUUGCCCUGAUUGACUGUAACAACAUCACAGGCUCCAGCAUGUUUGAACUGUUGGAAGGAAAGAAUGAUCUGCAGAGACUGGUGAUGCUGAACUGUAAGGAAGUGAUGAGAAGAGACUACGAUCAGAUGAUGAAGGUUGUUGCCAGCGAACACUUUCAGCUUGACAUAACGUGGACAUAAUUUUUUGGCCACACCACAGGAGUGGAGCUUGCUUCAUUUGAACUAAAAAAAAAUUGAAACUUGAACGGGGACAAUUAAAAAAAGACAUGAUUACUUUCUUUGUACAAAUAUGCUGUAAAUCUAAAGAUCAUACUACAUUUUUCUAUGUUUUUUUCCUAAUUUCUAUCAAUUUUAGCUGCAAGUUUACAAAUUUUUGGGCAACACCACAGGAGUGGAGCUUGCUUCAUUUUGUCUUUGAACUAAAAAAACUUGAACGGGGACAACUAAAAAAGAUGCAUUAUUGUGUUUGUACAAAUAUCCUGUAAAUGUAUUCUAAAGAUCAUACUACAUGAUUUGGAUGUUUUUUUCCUAAUUUCUAUCAAUCUUAGCUGCAAGUGCACAAAUUUAAUGACAUUCUACGAUACAAAGACCAAAUAUAAGCAAAAAAUAGGAAUAUCCUGUUGUAAUCUUAUGGUGCAAACUUCAUGUGAAUCUUUAGAGCCCUACUCAUCACCAUAACUCACCUUUCCUAUGUACAUUGUGUAUUAUACAAUAUUGUGACCAAUACAACAGUGCAAUGUAACAGUGCUAAAAUAUUAUAAGAGGCUUAUUAUGGGUUCACCACA